UUUAUAACAUUGAUAUAUGCUUUUUUUUUUUAAGUUCCUUCAUAAUAGUUGCCAUAUCCAAUCCUCUAAAAUUUCAGCUUAAUCAGAUGGCUAGCAGCAACAAUUCUUCUUUAGCUCUUGUGACUUCUUCAAGAAACAACUAUUAUGAUGUGUUUGUCACCUUCAGAGGUGAAGACACUCGCAACAACUUUACUGAUUUUCUUUUUGAUGCCCUUGAAACAAAAGGCAUUUUUGCAUUUCGGGAUGACACUAAUCUUCAAAAGGGUGAAUCUAUAGAACCUGAGCUCCUUCGAGCAAUCGAAGGAUCUCGGGUUUUUGUUGCAGUCUUCUCAAGGAACUAUGCUUCCUCAACAUGGUGCCUGCAAGAAUUAGAGAAGAUAUGUAAAUGCGUUCAGAGAUCCAGAAAACAUAUUCUUCCUGUUUUUUAUGAUGUUGAUCCUUCUGUGGUUCGAAAGCAAAGUGGGAUUUAUUGUGAAGCCUUUGUCAAACAUGAACAAAGAUUCCAACAAGACUUUGAGAUGGUGUCAAGAUGGAGGGAAGCUCUAAAACAUGUGGGGAGUAUCUCUGGUUGGGAUCUACGUGAUAAGCCACAAGCUGGAGUGAUUAAAAAGAUUGUUCAAAAGAUAAUGAGUAUAUUGGAGUGCAAAUCUUCAUAUAUUUCAAAAGAUUUAGUUGGGAUUGAUUCUCCUAUAGAAGCAUUAAAAAAUCAUUUGCUUUUGGACUCGGUUGAUUGUGUUUGUGCUAUAGGAAUUUCUGGAAUGGGAGGAAUAGGGAAGACAACCCUUGCUAUGGCUUUAUAUGACCAAAUAUCUCAUCGAUUUAGUGCAUCCUGCUAUAUUGAUGAUGUAACCAAAAUUUAUAGUUUACAUGAUGGUCCACUCAAUGCACAAAAGCAAAUCCUAUUUCAAACUCUAGGCAUAGAACACCAUCUAAUAAGCAAUCGUUACAACGCAACUGAUUUGAUACGACGUAGGCUACGUCGUGAAAAGGUCCUUCUGAUUCUUGAUAAUGUCAAUGAAGUUGAACAAUUGGAAAAAAUUGCAGUGCAUCGCGAAUGGUUAGGUGCAGGUAGUAGAAUCGUUGUCAUUUCUAGAGAUGAGCAUAUAUUGAAGGAGUAUGGAGUGGAUGUAUUUUACAAAGUUCCACUCUUGAAUAUGGCCGAAUCUCACAAGUUAUUUUGUCGAAAAGCUUUCAAACUUGAGAACAUUAUAUUGGGUAAUUAUCAAAAUUUGGCAGAUGAGAUAUUGAGUUAUGCUAAUGGUCUACCCCUAGCAAUUACAAUAUUGGGCUCAUUUUUGUUUGGUCGUAAUGUGACUGAAUGGAAGAGUGCAUUGGCUAGAUUGAGAGAAAGUCCAAAUAAAGAUGUCAUGAAUGUGCUGCAUUUAAGUUUUGAUGGGCUAGAGGAGACGGAACAAGAAAUAUUUCUUGAUAUUGCUUGUUUCUUCAACUCUUGGCCCAUGGAAGAGGUUAAAAACAUUCUAAAUUGUUGUGGAUUCCAUGCUGAUAUUGGAUUAAGAGUUCUCAAUGAUAAAUCACUUAUAAACACUAAUUAUUCACAUAUUGAAAUACAUUCUUUGUUGGAAGAGCUAGGCAGAAAAAUUGUGCAAGAAAAUUCAAGCAAAGAGCAAAGAAAGUGGAGCAGGGUCUGGUCCAAAAAGCAACUCUACAAUGUUAUGGUGGAGAAUAUGCAAAAACAUGUCGAAGCCAUAGUUUUGAAUGAAGAGAUAGAUAUGAACGCUGAACACGUGUCAAAAAUGAAUAAUCUUAGAUUCCUCAUCUUCAAGUACGGUGGGUGCAUCUCAGGAAGUCCAUGGAGUUUUUCAAACAAAUUAAAAUAUGUUGAUUGGCAUGAAUAUCCUUUUAAGUAUUUGCCAUCAAAUUUUCACCCCAAUGAACUUGUAGAAUUGAUCUUAAAGAGCAGCAAAAUUGAACAACUAUGGACAAACAAGAAGUAUCUGCCCAAUUUGAAACAUUUGGAUCUAAGACACUCCUUAGAACUAGUAAAGAUACUAGAUUUUGGGGAGUUCCCGAAUCUUGAGAAGCUAAAUUUGGAAGGAUGUAUAAACCUUGUGGAGUUGGAUCCAUCUAUUGGACUUCUAAGAAAGCUUGUUUACUUGAAUUUAUAUGAAUGCAAAAAUCUAGUAAGCAUACCCAAUAACAUAUUCAGUCUUAGCUCUCUUGAAGAUCUAAAUAUGUAUGGAUGUUCCAAAGUGUUUAAAAAUCCAAUGCAUUUGAAGAAGAAGCAUGAUAUAAGUGAAAGUGCAUCACAUUCCAGAUCAAUGUCCUCUGUGUUCAAAUGGAUCAUGUUACCUCACCACUUACGGUUUUCGGCUCCCACAAGACACACAUAUUUGUUGCCAUCCUUGCAUAGCUUAGUUUGUUUGCGAGACGUUGACAUUAGCUUUUGCCAUCUAAGCCAAGUUCCUGAUGCAAUUGAAUGUUUAUACUCGCUAGAAAGAUUAAACUUAGAGGGAAACAAUUUUGUGACUCUACCUAGCCUGAGGAAGCUUUCCAAACUUGUAUAUUUAAAUUUGCAGCAUUGCAUGUUGUUGGAAUCUUUGCCUCAACUUCCUUCUCCUACCAAUAUUAUUCGUGAGAACAACAAAUAUUUCUGGAUCUGGCCUACAGGAUUGUUCAUUUUCAACUGUCCAAAAUUGGGUGAGAGGGAACGUUGCAGUAGCAUGACAUUUUCAUGGUUGACACAAUUCAUUGAGGCAAACUCACAAUCCUACCCUACGUCCUUUGAUUGGAUUCAAAUUGUUACUCCAGGAAAUGAAAUACCAAUUUGGAUCAACAAUAAGAGCGUGGGUGAUUCAAUACAAAUAGACCGAUCUCCUAUUAUGCAUGACAAUAACAAUUAUAUCAUUGGCUUUCUAUGUUGUGCGGUAUUUUCCAUGGCACCUGAUUGUUGGAUGUUUCCAUUUGCUCAAGAGUGGACCGAUAAGAAAUUGAUUAGGAUGAGCUGUAGGAGUGCUACCGUAAUUCUCAAUGGAGGUCUUGUUAUGACCAAAUCAAGUCACCUAUGGAUAAUCUACUUCCCCCGAGAGUCCUAUAGUGAAUUUGAAAAAAUCCAUUUUAAUAUUUUUGAGGGUGAAGAUUUUAGUUUGGAGGUGAAGAGUUGCGGGUAUCGGUGGGUAUGUAAAGAAGACCUGCAAGAAUUCAACUUAACAAUGAUGAAUCAAGAAAAUUUCUUGGCUGGGAAGUGCAAGAAUUUGGCAAUUGAAGAUGAGACACAACCAGAACCGGAACAAGAACAAGAAUCAUUCAUCUCAAGAGUCAUAAACUUCACAGAGAAGAAACAACAGAUGGAUCACAAGAAGGUGAUGAAGAGUCUCAACCUGCAAAAUACAAUCUGCAAUGAAGAGCAUUGACAUUAUGUUCAUCUCCGUUUUUUGUUUUUUUUGAAGUAAUGUCAUUUUUUCAAAUUAUUAUUAGUGUCGAUGUGUCAGUGUCCGUAUCGUGUCUGGUGUCCGUAUGGGUGCUUGAUAAAAUAAAAACAUUUUAAGGAACACUUUAUCAGUGAAAGCAGCAUUUAUGAAUUUAAUUUCCAUUGAUACAAUAAAUCGAAGUUCUUGAA